GAGUAAUUGUAUCUGGGCUAAAUUUUGUGACUGCUAAUUAAUUAUACAGGAAAUCUGCUUCCCAACUUCUUGUACAGGAAAUAUAUACUUAUACUUAGUGACGUGUAUGCUAUUUUGUUCAAAGGUUCAAAAUCACAUAUUCGCUACACCUUCACGUGUCUUAUCAGCAAAAAGUUUUGUUUUAUCAGGUAGCUCUAGAUGGAACUCUGUAAUUUACUAUAUAAAAAAGCCUUAUCAAACUGUGUCAUUUUUCUUCACUAGGUUUUGUAGAUGAUAUGAGAAUCAUGCAUCUCCUCGUUCUACUAAAGUUGAACUUGUAUGAUCAUGAUUACAAAUCACAUUUUAUGAGAUUCAGUAAAACCACCGUGAAAAAACUUAGAUGUGGGCGUGUUCUUGUGUAAAUUGCUCGUGCAGAAGAAAGUAGUGUGUAUUUCAGCAAGUCACUGCCAGUUUCAAUGUCGGUGCGAGCCAACAAAGUCUACUUUACAUCAUGUGCUGUGGUCAUGGUUAUGAUAGUUUUCUUACUCUCGCUCAGCAAGCUUGCCAGCGAAUUAACUCAGGAAGAAGAUUUCCAAAGAGGUGAUGAAGUUCAUCUCGAAAUAGAUCAUAGAACGCUGAAUCUGAAAACAUACCGUGACGAGAAAAGAAUUUCUCGUGGAAAGAGAAUCCGGCGCGAUGUUUCAAAUGUCACCAACAUCUCAUUGGAUAAGGACAAAAUGAAUAUCCAAAACAACGUUUUUGAUAUUAGUCUAAUUACGCCAGUAGAUGAUUUAAUAAACUUGGAAACUGAUAACGUCACUGAUUCUGUUUCAUCAAAUAACACAGUGACAAUUAAAGCGUUAGAUGUUUCUGUGCCUCAUUCAGAUAAUAAUGUUAAUUCCUCUGUUUCUCAUUUGUCCACAUCCUCAUCUUUCUCUUCCAUUACCUAUGAUUCAACAACAAUACCCACAUCAACAGAAAUACCCGUUUGUCCUGGUGUCAACAUCAACAUACAUUCAAUAAGAGACACUCAAGUGAAACUGGAAUUACUCAAUUUGUCACAAAUCAUAACUUAUAACUUAAAUUACAGCGUUCUUAUGUGCUACCAAAAGAACGACGAGCCCCAAAGUAGAACUCUUAUCAACACUACAGAAUGCAUAGACGACGUCUUAAAAGAUUUUGUUUGCUCAAAUUUUACCGAACUAGAUAAUUUAUCUCCUUUUACAAAUUAUACAAUUUAUGUACAAGUUUUGUGUUCCAACCAAUUCUGUGGCCCAAGCGAUUUUGUGAAUGUUCAAACUGAUGUAGGAGGACCGAGUGCACCACAAAACUUUACCUCAGAGUUUUUGAAUGGCACUUUUGUUGCACUCAGAUGGAAAGAGCCUAAAAUAAAAAACGGACCACUUGAUGGAUAUAAGAUAGAGUGGGUGUUGAAAGCCACCCAACACCCAAAUUGUUGCAUAGAAUCAUCUGUUGAGGAAAACGAGGAAGUGAUUUUAGGAAAUACAUUUGACUAUGAAAUCAGUGGACUAAAUCCGUGGACCAUCUACGAAAUAACAGUUAAGGCUUUCAACAAAAACAAGAAUAAUGUAACACGUGAAGGGGAAGAAAACACACUGAAUGUAAGAACCGGCUCAUACUAUCCAAGUAAACCCAGAAAUUUUACAGCUAAGGCCUUGAAUUCUAGUGUUAUAAGACUACAAUGGAAAGACCCCAAAUGUCCUUAUGGAACAAUCGUACGUUAUAUUAUCAGUUGGAGUUCAGACAGUUACGAUGUUGAAUGUCGAUUUAUCGAGGAUAUAAACAUAAGAAAAUACGACGUGCACGAUCUGGAACCAUGGUCUGUUUACAAGCUAACUAUAUAUGUUGUAAAUGAUGGCCAGUUUGAAAGUGAAAAUGUAUCAACGUCUGAAAGAACACAUCCUGCUGCUGCCAGCAAACCAGAAAAUCUCGAAGCUAGAAACCUGACUUCAAAGUCUCUUCUAUUAACGUGGAACGUCCCUUCCCAACCAAAUGGAGAUAUUUCAGAAUUUUAUAUUGUAUAUUCUGAAAAAGACAACUCCAGUGUUUUUACAAAAUUUACGCCUUUCAACAAUACAUCUUUCGAUAUUUUUGAUUUGAAGCCGUUUACUAAUUAUAGCUUUUGUGUAAAAGCUCUUACCAAGUUCAACAAGGAAAACAUUUUCGGAGAAGAAGAGUGCAUUGAUACACAAACUGAGGAAGACUCUCCAGAAGAACCACAAAAUCUUAAGACUAGCAAAGUUACUUCAAACUCCAUUAAACUGACUUGGUCUGUACCAUCAAAACCCAACGGAAUAAUCACCAACUACAGCGUCUGUACCAACUUCUAUAAAAACUGCAGUCACGACCAUUGGAACUUUGUUACUACUAGCACUUGCUAUACACUGAAAAAACUUCAUGCAUAUACCGCGUACAAUCUAUCCGUAGCAGCUUGGACUUCAGCUGGACUUGGAAAAUGGGCUUCAGUGCUUACUGAAAUGACUCAAAUCGGAGUUCCCUACCAGCCAUGUAAUGUAAAGGUAACCAAUGUAACGUCCAGACAUGUCUCGCUUCAAUGGACCAGGCCGAAGGUAUUUACUGGACCUACCAACUACACUGUACAAAUUAAAGUCUCAAAACCUAUUAGCAAUAAACUAUGUCCAGAUGAAAACUACACCAUUUUGGAAGACUGUUCUACAUGUGACGCUAGCCAAUGGAACACGACUCUUAUGGAAAUAUCAAACUUGAAACCGUUCCAUUGUUAUCGUUUUGUUGUAAUAGCAGUUACUUUAGCCGGUAGAAAUUCAAGUAUACCGUCCAGUCACGUGCUGACAGAAAUGGACAUACCCGGUCCACCAACUAGAGGCGAACUGCACUGCAACAUUAGUCCAACAAUUGUUCGGAUUCGUUGGAGUUUACCAAACGAAACAAAUGGAUUGAUCGAAAAUUAUUUCCUUGAGUUUACUGGACAAAAGCCAGGAAAGCCAAUUCACAAUGGAAACAUAACCAUUUAUGGGUUUCAGUCGGAAGGAACUGAAACUAACAUAUCUUGUAACAUAACUUGUGGAGGAUUCGUUGAUAACCUGAAACCAGAAUUUACUUACUCGUUUUCAGUCAGAGCGAAGACAACGGAUGUUACAGAUUAUGGCGAGGAAUAUGUCUUUCCAAAUUCAACAUUCUGCAAACUCCCCGCUGGAGUUCCCCAUCCCCCGUCCAUGAAUCUUUCCAUUCCCGAGAAAGUUAAUAUAACUGACAAACAAAAGCAAGCUGCUGUUUUCAUUUAUAAGAGCACCUUUGAUGACGAAAUGGGAGAUAUAACUCACUAUGCACUUAUCAUUGCGGAAGAUUUAGAAAUUGGAGAACCUUUGAGUGACCUAACUGACAACAGGAGUUCCUUACCAACAUGGAAGCAGAGACACUUGUCUAAAGAGGGAAUGUACCAGGCUACGCCGGUGCCUUGGAACCCAUUUAAUGAAUCUUCUGAAUAUUCCAAAGAUGGAGGACUUAUGUGUUCAACUUUUGUACAGGAUGGAGUUUUGGGAAAAACGUGUCUGCUGGGAACUGAAACUGAUUGUUUCCAGAAAGAGGAAACUAUUUACUGCAACGGUCCUCUCCAACCUGGGACAAAUUAUGGGAUCAAAUUGAGAGGUUAUACUCGGAAGGGAUACUCUGAGACCUAUCCUCUUUUUAUUCAAACAGCAUCACCUGAAUCAGAAGCUAAGAAGUCCAACGCGGCUACAAUAGGCCUGACACUGAUGGUCUUGAUUAUUUUCAUUGGUACCGGGCUGUGUCUUUUGUAUAGAAAAGGAUACUUGUUUCCCACGAAAGUUCAUCGUUUAGCAACAGGGAUAACUACAGUAACCUUUACUGCCAAUACUAGGCUUAGGAGGCUCUUUCGAGUGGUUCAAGAAACACCAAGAGAUUUGGAGCUACUUAACCGUGCAAUUCCAAAUAAUAAGAAUCCCUCACCACCAUGGAAGGAAAAGCAACAGUCCGCUGCGAACUCAAUUGCUCUGUCUUUUGAUGUAAAAACCAGGUCAGUGAAAAUAGCGGACUUUAACAAACAUUAUGAAGAAAUGAUCUCUGAUUCAGCUCUCAAAUUCUCCAAAGAAUUUGAUGAGUUGAAUCACAAAAGUAAAAAGUGUCCUCAGACUGCAGCAGAAUUACAAGAAAAUCGAUCUAAGAACCGAUGGAUUAACAUCCUGCCAUUUGAUCAUUCUCGAGUGAAACUUCUUCCGAUUGAUGACGAACCCAGCUCGGAUUACAUCAACGCUAAUUAUAUUCCUGGUUUCUACUCGCCUCGAGAAUACAUCGCAACCCAAGGCCCUCUACCAGGUACUAUAGAUGAUUUCUGGAGAAUGGUCUGGGAACAGAACGUAACGAUAAUUAUUAUGGUUACCCAGUGUGUUGAACGCGGGAAGACCAAAUGUGAGGUGUACUGGCCAACUGAUACAGAAACUCAACUGUAUGGCGACCUUGAAGUGCAGAUGACCUCGGAGUCGAUUUUAGCUGAGUAUGUUAUUCGAAUAUUUCAUGUACAGUUGGGUAAUCGUCAUAGAAUAGUGAAACAGAUGCACUUUACAAGAUGGCCAGACUUUGGAUGUCCCGAAAACACAGAAGUCAUGAUCAAUUUCGUUCGAGCUGUCCGAGAUCAUAUCCCUCGCAUAAAUCAUGGGCCUUUGGUAGUACACUGCAGUGCCGGUGUAGGACGGACAGGAACAUUCCUAGCUUUGGAUCGUCUGAUGCAACACAUCCGGGUACAUGAUUACGUCGACGUAUUCUGGACAGUGCUGGAGAUGCGCGAAUAUCGGUCUAACUUGGUACAGACUGAAGACCAGUACAUUUAUAUACAUGAAUGUAUAAACGAUCUCAUUGCUUACCAGUUAAAGGAGAAACGGACUUUUGGAAAUGAUAAGGACUCUGAAGAACUUUACUCCAAUGUAAUCUACGGGUGUGAAUCGAGGCAGUAAGUAAACACUUAUGUGCAGUGAAAUCACUUUGCAAUAUUCGGUGCUCAAUUCUAGUCAUCAUAUUUGACCUCAGCGGAUGGUACAAUAGCUUCACCAAAAGAAAAAGAAACAACUAAGUGGUGUUGUGUGUGUGUUUUUUCUAUAAUAAAAUGUGAUAAAACGGGAUUGAACUAACUAGAAAAUAACUGUUGAAUUUUAAAUUAGAUUUUUAACUCUAAGAAACCUCAAUGAUCAUAAAUGCAGUUUAUGUUAUGGAAGAGUUAUGCCACAAUGUGAACAUAGAUUUGGGACAAGCAUCAAACUGAAAUUCAUGCCAAGAAGCGACGCUCGUGCUUCAGUAUAAAGCUAUGUGAACAUCUAUGACACAAGAAGGUUUACACUACUAUGGGAAAGGCUAUAACGCAAGGAGGUUAUUUUACCGUGUGAAAAGCUGUGACGCAAAAAGCUUACAUUAUAGUGUGAAAAUCUAUAACGCAAGAAGAUUAUGCUACAACGUGAUGAAGAAUAAGAAAACAAUGCUACAAUAUGAAAUAUAUUACGAAAGAAGAUAAUGCUACAAUAUCUGUUACAUAAGAAGGUAAUACUAGAAUAUGAAAUAAUUUAAAUAAGAACAUUAUGCUAUAAAGUAAAAAUUAUAAUUGACAACCUAACGAAGUGUAAAGAAGAUCAUGAAAGCCAUGCCACAACAUGUAAUUAUAACGUGAAAGCUGUGACGAAAGAAGGUUAUGCUACAAAUGUGCACGGAUCUAAGUGGAUUAUGAUAAAGUAAAAACAACUAUUCAUUCAGUUUCGAAGCUUCUAUAUUCUUAUAUUCAAAAAUAUAGUAGGAAAGAAACUUCUAAAUUCCAUCUUUAUAUUUUUUGAAAUCUAUAGAAUAAGCAAUAAAUUUUAGUAUGUCAUGCUAAUUAUUUUGAUAUGUCAUCAAUUAUUAAUUACAUUUAAGUAAUUAAUUAUCCUUACUAGACAAAUAUCAUUUGGAAUAUUAUAUUACAAUGAUUGCAUAUUUAAUACUUUUGAUGAAAAUAGUUACUUUUAUGAAAUUGUUUUAAAUGUGCUUUCGGAGCUGCAUGAAUAUCACCUAGGUUAAACUAUACAUACAUUUCAAAAUAAAAUUAUCUGUUGGUGAGAUAUAGAUUUGAAAAUUUUUAAUUUUAGAGUUUUUGUUUGCAGUGGCUAUGAUAUAACCUAUUGUUGAGGUAUAAAUUAAAUUUGAGGCAACAAGCAUAUGGCACAUUUGUUAUUGCAGAAAGUGUUACCUUAUGUCGUUUGUUAUUAGUCGUCUUUACUGAGUGUUAUAUUAUGGCAUGUUGUGUGGUAAUUUUCACUGAAGGUACUUUAUUAUGACAUUUUAUGUUGACCGUUACGUUUUAUAUACCUUACGGUAGUGAUACUUUUGGCCAGUUUGUUUCCAAAUAUUAUGAAUUUAGUUCUGUGUUUUGCACAUCAACCAAAAAUGGGAUUUUUAAAAGACAGUAUAUGAGAAUAUUUCCAAUCUACUAAAACUGUAAAAAUUGUAUCAUUGUUUAUUUUACGCCCAACUUGUUCCUCGGCUUGGCAGAAAAAGAUUUAAUAACGAGUUUUGAAAUUUAAAUUAUUGGUGUUAGCAAUAAUUUACAAUAUUUAUAUUUGAAGUAAAAUGCUUAUUUUAAAAUGGGGUGAAAUUGUAAGAUAUAUAAUCUUUUUAAAUUGAAUAACGAGCUUUUAGUGAUAUAGUGGAGUAUUUAUACAGUUAGAUUAAAUGUGUGAUUAAAACCCGUUUAAUAAUAAAGAUUAUUUAUACUUAAAGG